AUGUUGCUGCUCGUGGGGCUCGCCAGCACUGCGAAGGGGAGGCAGGAGCCAGGCCAGGGCCCGCACGCUGCCUCCAUCAUCACGGUGCCCAACGGGGGACCCUGGGGAGACUGGGCCUGGCUGGAGAUGUGCCCCGAAGGGUCCUAUGCUGGUGGCAUCAGCUUCAAGGUGGAGCCGCUGCAGGGAGCCGUGGUGGACGACACGGCGCUGAAUGGUGUGCGGCUGCACUGCUUGCCCCGGGGGGCUCGUGGUGAUGGCUCCGUGGUGGAGUCGCAGAGUGGCAGAUGGGGCCGCUGGUCAGAGCCCCGCUGGUGCCCCCACCGAGGACGCCUGGUGGGGUUUGCGCUGCGGGUCCAAGCACCCCAGCACAGGCUCCUGAGCGACGAGGUGGCUGCCACAAAUGCCCGUUUUGCCUGCUCUGAUGGGCCGGUCCUGGAGGGGCCAGGGCCUGACCAGGGCGAGUGGGGCAGCUGGAGCCCCUUGUGCCCCUGGGCUGUGUGUGGCAUCCAGACACGGCAGGAGCCUCCGCGGGGGCUGAAGAGGGAUGACACAGCCCUGAAUGAUCUGCGUCUCUUCUGCUGCAAGGGGUGA